CCGGGACAAAAGCCAGGGGCGGGAGGACACGGCUACGCCAGGACCCCGACAUGGCGGCGGGGCGGCUGCCCGCCCUUCCCCAUUGCCAAGCAACGGCGGCGGCCGCCCGCCGGCCCUGCCUGCCCCGGCCCCGGCCCCACCGCCAUGGAGCGGCCGGGAGGCAGGGAGCGGCCCCGGGGUGAGCUAGUAAGAUGGAAGUGAUGGCAGAUGACUAUGAGACUGAGACACAAGAUAUCUUGAAGCCUCUUGUGUUCCGUCUCCAUGAGAAUGCCCCUGCAAUAGUCCGUGAGGUUUUACUGGAACGUGGUUGGACUGAAUUUGAUCAAAAGGAGCAAGAUGACACAGACUGGAACUUAUACUGGCGGAACUCACCUUUUCGUAUGACAGACCACCACAGCAUCAAACCGUGGCAGAGACUCAACCACUACCCAGAAGCUGUCAGAAUCACCAGAAAAGAUUAUUUGGCAAGGAAUCUGAAACGUAUGAAAGGGGCAUAUGGAUCAGCUCUGUAUGAAUUUAGUCCAGUGGCAUUCAUUAUGCCCAAUGACUAUGUCAAAUUUAUAGCUGAAUACAGCAAGGAGAGACAGUCAGUAGGCAGAAGACCCAGCUACUGGAUUUGCAAGCCUGUGGAUCUCUCCCGUGGAAGGGGCAUACUCAUUUUCCAAGACAUUAAAGACUUGGUAUAUGACUGUACAGUCAUUGUGCAGAAGUACAUUAGCAACCCCUUACUCAUUUCAGGGUAUAAACUGGAUCUUCGCCUCUAUGUGUGUGUCACCAGUUUUUGUCCCCUUACCAUUUACACUUACGAAGAAGGACUGGUGAGGUUUGCGACCGAGAAGUUUGACCUUGGUUCUCUGGACAAUGUCUAUGCCCACCUAACGAACACCAGCAUCAACAAAUACGGGGCUUCGUAUAAAAAAUAUAAAGAAGGGAUUGGCUGUGGCUGCAAGUGGACAUUCAGCAAAUUUCGUUCUUACCUUCGAAUUUUUGGGGUUGAUGACCUGCUUCUGUGGCAGAAGAUCAAUAACAUAGUGAUUCUCACCUUGCUUGCUGUAACCCCCUUACCAGUGGCUUCCAAUUGCUUUGAGCUCUUUGGCUUUGACAUCCUGAUUGAUGACAAAUUCAAGCCGUGGCUUUUAGAAGUCAACUACAAUCCAGCCUUGUGCUUAGACUGUUCCAUUGAUGACACUGUGAAAAGAAGACUUCUUCAUGAUAUUGUUGAACUGCUGAACUACAAGGAGAUUGACACUCUCAGGCAGAAUGAAAUGGCUGGGUCAAAAGCUGUCAGAAGGCGGGUGCCCUGGAGAACAGCUGGUCCAAGCACCCCAGAGGAGGCUCCUGGCUUACUCACUUGCCGGAAAGUGGCUACAUCUAAUUCUGCUUCUCCAGUACAACCUGCCCCGAAGGCUGCAAGAGGAUCAAUUCAUAAGGUGGCUUCCCUGACCAAGAAAACUGUCAGAGCACAUCCAAGGAAAACACUGACUUCCCAGCUGCGGGAAAAGAUGAACAGGCCAAAAACAUCCUCACAAGCAAAAAAUGAAGAUAAAAACAAACUCCCAGCUGUACAUUCCCCAUGCAGUUCUGCCCAGCUCAACCACUGGUUACCUACACCUGAUUUCCGCAACUGCAAGAUAAGCACACAUCCCUAUUUCCUCUCAGAUAAAGACCAGAGGCCUAUCCGCCGGGUAGGAGACUUUGUCCUUAUUUUUCCUUUCAAUGAAGCUGCACUUCAAGCUUCCAGGGAUGGGACAGAUGUAAAGAGCAUCAUAAAGGAAAUAAACAAAUUAGUGAGCAAACAGUUGCUAUCAAAACAGCAGAAUACAAAGAAGAGGGUAGGCUAUUUAACUUCUGUUUAAUUUCAUGACUUUAGGUUAUAUAGACAUACCAUAAAUGACAUCUUUAACUUGAAGGAGGUAGAUAUAUACUGAAAUUGUUUUAGAAAGAGAGAGACCUCAAAACCAUACACAAUUUAAAAGUUGUAAUUUAGCAAUUACCAUCAGAAAUUAUUUUUGAAAAUGAAAGCACUGAAUAAUCCUUUAAAGUAAUCAACAAAUAAAAACAGAGAAUUACAUUUCUCAAAACAUCCUCAGAGAUGCCAGUCUUUGUUUAUUAUUAUAUCACAGAUCUUUGCUUAUUUCCUUUUCUUGACUAAGAGUGCCUUAUGAUUUGAAAAAGCUGAUCAGUUUACACCGGGGGGUCAUUCAGCAUGCCUUCAGUUUACAAAGGGGAACAUGAUAUGAAUGACACAAAACAAUCUCAUUUUUGAACAACCCAGUGAGCUUCCUGACAUUCAUUUUUACAGGUUAAUUUUGCAUUGUAUGAAACAACAGCAUGAAACAACUUUCAUUUUAUGACCUGUAGGACUCUGUAGAAAUGCUUAUGGAAAGUAAGUUUAAAUAUAUAUAUACUGCUCCAGUAUUUUUUUCAGAUAAACUCUUAAUAAACAAGGCCUUGUAGACUGCAUGAGUAAGAAAAAAAUAGGCUUCCCAAGGUAAGAGAGAAAUUUGAUAAUGGAGGGCAGUUUAUAAAGUGCAAGUAUCCUGGUUAGAAGACCGAAUCAAAUCUCUGUCUCACAGACUCUGAAUUAGCCACUUGAGGGGUACAGCAGUUAGUCUGCUUUGUUUUGCUUCCAAUAAAACUGAUCAACUGAGCAUGGAAAAAUACUAACACUGAACUGAAGCAUUUGAGAUCGUCAAAUUACUGUGCUUCCAUUGUACACCUUUGCUGCCCCCA